CUGCCAAUCCACCAGCCACCCCCACCCUCCUCAGCACUGGAGCCUUGCUUAUAAAUAGGGGGUGGGCAGAGUUUGGAAGUUUAGCGAAGUUUCUCGGCUGGUUCAAGCCGGUUUAUUUAAGCUCCUGGUCUGGCACAAGAGUGUGGCACCAGGGGAGGUUUCAAUCCGGAGCAAAAAAGGGAAACCUGGUGCUUGAUUUUUUUUUAAAUUCUUUUUAUUCCUUUUUUUGUUUUGUUUUCAUUUGGGGAGGGGUUGAUUCUUGAAUCCCAAAGGUUCUUUAUUAAAAAAAAAAAGACCGGUUGGAUUUUUUUGGUUUUUUUUCUUUUCCUUGAAGACGUUUCGCUUCUCAUCCAAGUGGCUUUUUUUUUCUUUCUGAACUUAAAAAAGUUUCGUUGGCUCAGUUUGGGACUUCUGAAAAACUUCUGGGGAGGAAAAAAAAUAUAUAUUCAGGCUGGUUGGUGGUUGAUUUGAUUUGAUUGAGCAAGAAGGCGGCGAGCAGAUUUUAUUUUUCAUCCCGACCGAGCAGCAAAGUCGGAAGAUAUUUUUUGAACUCUGCACCUGUUGGAAAACUUUUCCUUCCUCUCUCUCUUUUCUUUUUGUGAUUCUGCUUUUAGUUUCCUCCCGCUGAAUCUCUCUCCCAGGAUGGCUGACAACCAGAUCCCUUUCUCCUGCUACCCUGGCCGGCAUCGGAAUCUAAGAGAUCCCUUCAGGGAAUCCGGCUUGUCCUCUCGGCUUCUGGACGAUGACUUUAAUAUGUCACCUUUUCCUGGGGAUCUAACCGCCAACUGGCCGGAUUGGGCUCGCUCGCCCCUCACCGCAGGCUGGCCCAGCCCUUUGAGGUCAGGGAUGGUCCGGAGCAGUGGGUUCUCCCCUCCGGGGUACGGUUCUCGUUUUGGGGCUCACCCCGAAGGGAGUCCCUUUGGAUCAUCCAGCCCCCCGACUUUUUCGGGCGAGCCCUGGAAAGUCUGCGUCAACGUGCAGAGUUUUAAACCCGAAGAGCUCUCGGUCAAGACCAAGGAAGGUUACGUGGAAGUGUCAGGUAAACAUGAAGAGCAACAAGCAGAAGGAGGAAUCGUUUCCAAGAAUUUCACCAAGAAAAUCCAACUUCCCGCGGAAGUGGACCCUACCACGGUCUUCGCCUCCUUGUCCCCUGAAGGUUUACUGAUCAUCGAAGGUCCACAGAUACCUCCUUACUGUCAGUAUGGGGAUAGCAGCCAUGACAACGAGAUUCCUUUGGAUAGCCAAGAAGCUACGUGUGCCUGAAGUAGACCUAUGCCCGAGGCCCUCUUCCCCAACAAAGCCCCUUCCAUCUUUUGACCACCCCUCUACCUGCCUUUACUCAAAGCCUUCCUCCUUGUAGAUGUCCCUGGUCAACCCUACUCUUGAAUGGACGCGUUGAGCUCCCACGUUGGGCCUGGGGGUCGAGGGUGGGGGGAAGGGUAGCGUUGACCUGGUCUUGGAGGCUUUCCAACCAGUGGUGUAUAAUUAUACUUGAUGGCCAUCUCUUAACCAGAGAGGUGAUGUUGUGUGUCAGAAAGAUUCAGCUCAAGAUUUUACCGCAUAGCAUAUUUUGGGGGGAAGAUUUUUGAGGAAGUGUUGAAGUCAAGAUUGGUUCUUUAGGUCUUUCACGAUGAAGAAUUUAGAGCUGGGGCAAAUCCAGAAGAGAAGGGAAACCUUGGCAAUGUGACUUUCAAGGGGAAGUAAAC